GCAAUGGCCGAAGGAGGAGAGGAGCUGAGGCUGAUCGGAUCGUGGGCGAGCCCGUACGUUGUGCGAGUGCAGAUCGCGCUCCGCCUCAAGGGCAUCAGCUACGAGUUCGUCGAGGAGGACCUCAAGAACAAGAGCGAGCUGCUCCUCAAGUCCAACCCUAUCCACAAGAAGGUGCCGGUGCUGAUCCACAACGGCAAGCCCGUCUGCGAGUCAUCGGUCAUCGUGCAGUACAUCGACGAGGCCUUCGCCGGCACCGGCCCCGCCCUGCUCCCCGCCGACCCCUACGAACGCGCCGUCGCUCGCUUCUGGGCCGCCUUCAUUGAGGACACGCUCCUGAAAGCGUCGAGCCAGGCUUCGAGCGGCAAGACGGAGGAGGACAAAACGGAGGGGAAGGAGAAGACGGCUGCUGCCAUAGUGACCCUUGAGGGUGGCCUGAGCGAAUGCUCCAAGGGGAAGCCUUUCUUCGGUGGCGAGAGCGCCGGUUAUGUGGACGUCAUCCUCGGCGGGCUCCUCGGGUGGGUGCGCGCCAUUGAUGCGAUGCAGGGCGUGAAGACCUUCGACCCCUCCAGGACCCCGCUCCUGGCCGCGUGGGCGGAGCGCUUCGGCCAACUGGAGCAGGUUGAAGCGGUCAUGCCGGAUGUGCAGAGGCUGAUGGAGUAUGCCUAUGCCAAGGUGAUGCAGGCUGCGGCGGCCGCUGCCUCGACCAACUGA